GAAGAGGCGGGGCCUGAGGAGCGCAGCCGGAAAAGGUCCUGCCCGUUCCGGUCCCGCGGCUCCGGAGACCCUCGGCCAUGGGCGAGCGCAAGGGCACCAACAAGUACUACCCGCCCGACUUCGACCCCGCCAAGCAUGGCUCCCUCAACAAGUACCACCACAGCCACCCCCUGCGGGAGCGCGCCCGCAAGCUCUCCCAGGGCAUCCUCGUCAUCAGGUUCGAGAUGCCCUUUAACAUCUGGUGCGACGGCUGCCAGAACCACAUCGGGAUGGGUGAGCGUUUUGGGGACCCCCGGGGGGCUUUUGGGGACCCCCUGACCCGCGUUCCCCCCAGGUUCAGGAUGAAGUGUCACCUGUGCGUCAACUACAUCGAGCUGCAGACGGACCCCGGGAACUGCGACUACGUCAUCGUCAGCGGGGCGCGGCGCAAGGAGGAGCGCUGGGACCCCUCGGACAGCGCCCAGGUCCUGCCCACCGCCGCGGAGCAGCGCGAGCGCCUGGCCCUGGACCCCAUGUUCCGGCUGGAGCACGGCGUGACGGACCGGGGGGUCCUGGAGCGCGCCGCCCCCACCCUGACGCGCCUGCAGGAGGCUCAGGACGCCUGGAAGGACGAUUUCGGCCUCAACAGCCGCCUCCGGCAGCGCUUCAGGGAGGAGAAGAAGCUGCUGCGGGAGAAGGAGGAGGAGGAGGCGGCGCUGCAGGCGCGGGCCGGGCUCAGCAUCCCGCUGCUCCGCGAGGAGGAGGAGGAUCGGCGCCUCGCCGCCCUGCUCACCCUGCGCGCCCCCGACUCCUACGAGGAGAAGCAGCGGCUGAAGCGCUCCGAGAUCUCCCAGCGCUCCUGGUUCGGCCCCGGCACGGCCCGAGCGGCCGGCGGGACCCUCCAGAAAUUGGGUCUGGGGGCGGGACGGGCGCCGAGGGCACCCCCGGGGCCGCCCCCCACCCCCGCCGGGCUCGGCAUCGUGCGGCGGCGGGCGGCGGAGGAGGGGCCGGCCCCGGCACCCCGGGAGACCCCCGAGACCGAGCCGGAGCCCCCCGGGGCCGCCCCCCAGACCGGGGGAGCCCCCCCGGACCGCGCCGGUGCCGCCCCCGCCCCGUCCCUGGUCGCCGACUACUCGGACUCCGGCUCCGACAGCCCCUGA